AUGUCUCUGCCCACCAAGCAAAAGCAGUGGCUCGUCGCCGGGACCGAUAAGGGCUUCAACGGCCUGUUCUUCCAGGAUGCCGCCGUCCCGAAGCCCGGAGACAAUGAGGUGUUGGUCCGGCUGCACGGCGCCUCCCUCAACUACCGUGACCUGUUGAUCCCCCGGGGGGAAUACAUCUUUCCCCUCGAUCUUCCCGUUGUGGGGGGCUCCGACGGCGCAGGCGAGAUCGUGGCCGUCGGGCCCAAAGUCACCAAGUGGCGGCCCGGCGACCGCGUCGUGACGCUUUUCAACCAGGGUCACCAGUCGGGCCCCGUCGAUGUCAAGGCUAGCAGGACCGGACUGGGCGGCAUGCUAGACGGCACGCUGCGGCAGUAUGGCGUGUUCAGCCAGGACGGCGUGGUGCACAUGCCGAAGAACCUGGACUAUGUCGAGGCGGCCACGCUGACCUGCGCCGCGCUGACGAGCUGGAAUGCGCUGUACGGCUUGAAGCCGCUGAAGAAGGGGGAGACAGUGCUGGUGCAGGGGACUGGGGGGGUUAGUUUGUUCGCGUUGCAGUUUGCCAAAGCCGCCGGCGCCACCGUCAUCGCGACGACUUCGUCGGCCAAAAAGGCCGAGACGCUAAAGAAGCUCGGCGCCGACCACGUCAUCAACUACCGCGAGAAUCCCAACUGGGGCGAGGCGGCGCGCAAAUUGACGCCCAACGGCGAGGGCGUCGAGCACGUCAUCGAGGUCGGCGGCGAGGGCACCAUGACCCAGAGCCUGCACGCCAUCAAGAUGGAGGGCGUCAUCUCCGUCAUUGGCCUGCUGACGGGCGCCAAGCCCAAGGACAACAUCAUGGACACGCUCGCGAGGGUGUGCACGGUCCGUGGGGUGUAUGUUGGGUCCCGGGAGCAGCUGGAGGAGAUGGUGCGGGCGAUUGAGCAGCAUGAUAUCCACCCGGUCGUGGACGAGACUGUCUUUACGCUCGAGAAAGUGAGGGAGGCGUACGAGUACAUGUGGGCUCAGAAGCACUUCGGCAAGAUAGGCAUCAAGAUUGAGUAA